UCGACUUCAUUACUGAGGCGAAGGGGCAGGGAGCAAGUGCACACAACUCAUCCACUGGGACUGCUUCAACACCUGAAUACGAAUCUCAGCAAGAGAGAAAGAGAGAGAAAGAGAGAGGAGCGCUGUUUGUUCCAGAAAGGAGCCUACUCCAGAAGAAUGAUCUACUGUUUGAUCCAUUCAGACUGAACAUUGUGCCAAGCAUCUAUCCCCUGGAGCACAAGCAGAUCAAGCUAGGAAGCUAGAGCUGAGAUGGCAGGCCAGCCGAUGGAGCUAGCAGCCCUUGUGCUGUCUUUGUUGGGAUUAAUAGGUGUAUCGGCCAGCACGGGGAUGCCCAUGUGGCGCGUGACAGCAUUUAUUGGAGAGAACAUCAUUGUGAUGGAGACUCGCUACGAGGGCCUGUGGAUGAACUGUUUCCGGCAGGCCAACAUUCGGAUGCAGUGCAAGGUCUACGAUUCCCUCCUGGCCCUCACACCUGAUCUCCAGGCUGCCCGAGGCCUCAUGUGCUGCUCAGUGGCUCUGGCUGCCAUUGGUCUGUUGGUGGCCAUAACAGGGAUGAAAUGCACUGCAUGUAUACAAGGAAACGACCGUGGAAAACGAAUGGUUCUUAUUGUUGCAGGCUCGUUCAUUAUCUUAGCCUGCAUCUGCUGCAUCAUUCCUGUCUCCUGGACUGGCAACGUGAUCAUACGAGAUUUCUACAACCCCCUCCUGAUCGACGCCCAGAGAAGGGAGCUUGGCGAGGCACUCUACAUCGGGUGGGUUUCCUCGGCACUGCUUUUCAUCGGUGGAUGCAUCUUUGCGUUCUGCGGUGGGUCUGGUGAGAAACGAGCCGAGCAGACUCGCUACGCUUACAACAGGGAUGUGCCAUACGUGGCGUACCAACCUCAACCGCAACCACUGAUGUAUCAGCCCCGAUCUCCAGCUGCCUACAGUUUCGCCUCCAGAGAACCGUCUAUUAUCCAGACAUCCACUCAAACAUCUAGACAGCAGAGCUUCAUCCAGCCAUCAAGGCAGCAGAGCUUCAUCCAGCCAUCAAGGCAGCAGAGCUUCAUCCAGCCAUCCAGGCAGCAGAGUUUCAUCCAGCCUUCCAGACAGCUGUCAGGUCGUAGUGGUGUUGCCUAUCUAUGAAAACGAUCGGAUAAACACAAACUAACAACAAAAUGCGGGACAGGAACAGGUCAGAGGAUGUGGUAACUAGAUCCAGUCAAUAUGUGAAUGUAUAUCCUUGUUUACUGCAGUAUAAAUGGACUAACCUCAACGCUUUUCUGACGUUUCAUUGCACAGCUUUCUAUGACUUGACUGUCGAUCUUUUGUCGAUCAUGAAAAUCAACAUAAAAAAUGUCUACUUCUAGUUCUAUGACCUGAGCACUUGAGAUUAAUUUUUGUUGUUUUGUGUUUGUUUUUUUCUCCACAAAUUAGCAUUUUGUUAGCAAUUUUAUUGUCAAAUUGAACUUUUUUUUUUUUGGUGCGGGUAAAAAACAAAUCCUUUGUACAAUAAAAAGUAAGCUCUUUUUUUUAUUUCUGUAUACGGAUGUGGAUAGAAGGUUGAGACACCUCAUUUGCAUGCAAUAAUGUUUACCAACCUCUUUGUCCCUUUGUGUGCUCCAGCGUCUUGGUGAUCUCCGUGCCCAGAGGCUCCCUUGUGAAAUGUGAGCCAAUGAGCAUACAUUGUCUUAACCAUUGACAUUUAGCAUACAUUGUCUUUAACCAUUGUCUUUACAUUGACACACCUUUACAUCCACACAAACCUUAAAACUGAAGCAGAACAAGGACAACAAACAUCUAAUAAACCUUCACAUUCGCUUGGCAUUGUAAUUGUGCACAUUUUUCUUUGACCAGAGAACAGGUUUGAUGCUGAAUCACGAUAACAAAAGCAGAAGCAUCACAUGCGGAUAAACUUCUCCAGCUCUAAAUGUUCCUAUCUACUCAUUUACUGGUGAAUCUGGAAGUCCUGGAGACCACUGUUUUUUUUUUCUAAAUCAUUUAAAAAAUGUUGUUUUAUUUGCUGAAAACUGUAUAAAUAUAUUUUAGACAAAUUCUGUAUAUGUAUAUCUGUUCAUAAAGACUUCAUAACGUACAGAAAUAAUGUCAUUACUUGGUACACUAAUGUUUUAUGGUCACUCGAGCUCAACUGGGCGUUAGCACUGAGAUCGUUCACUAACUACAUAGUUAUUGAUUAAAUCAAAGGAGGAAAAAUUUUAAGAAAUGGUUGAUUUAUUAUAAUCAUUAAUCCCAAUAAGGAUUUAAAGGCAAGCUGAAGAGAAGCCGAGGACCGAGAGGGCAAGCAGACGCGAGUGGAAGAAUUGGAAAAAGGGAAAUUAGAGGCUUUGCAUAUUUCAGAGGCGAGGCAAAUGAGGAAUAGGUGGAAUUGGCCUUCACUAAACAAUGGCUGUUUAUGCUCAGGGAAUGCCGGUUUAUUAGAUAUAUCUACUAUUUGGAUCACUUUGUAGGUAAACACUUACUCAUAUGGAUGGAAAUGAGUAUCACUGAGCAUCACUAGACCUGAAAUAAAGGUGUAAAUAAACGAUGACAUGUUUUGCUGACAGAUUUACAUAUGCAUUUAGUGUAAAAUCAGUCAGUCUUACAGUAAAAAUAAUAUCACCAUGGUUACACUCAGGGGCAGUUCUAGGAUUUCAUCUUUAGGGGUUUUAGCCCUCAGUGAGAAUUUAAAACAAGAAGAGUUUUAUAUUAUAUAUUAUAAGACUACAUAGUAAGCCAAAAGCUAUGGUAUUAUUUAAAAUGGCAAAAGUGGACACCAAAAUUUUAUGCAUGAUGUAAUGAUGCCAGUCUUGAAUCAGAUCAGUUCAUGUAUGUGUGUAUUCUCUACAAACAGUGUGUCCAAUAAAUGCAGUCAUUAAUAAAUAAAUAUUCACAAGACAAAGUGCAAAUCAAUAAAUGUUAUUUUUAUUUAGUA